AUGGCAACCACUACACGAAGUAAAUACAAGCAAUUAGCUAAAGAAAAAGAAGCAGAAGAGGAGAAUUUGGCACAAGAAAUAACAGAAGAAAAUGAGAAUGAUUCUAAUUAUGAAUAUGAAACAGAUAAUUUGUCAGAAAAAAGUUGUGUAACAGUGCAAGAAAUCAGCAUCUCUGAUAUAUCAGAUGUUAUAAUUAUUGAUGACGAUAUAGAAACAAAUAAAAAAUCUUUAUCAAAAAAAGAAAAAAAACCUCCAACUAAAACUACAAAACUUAAAACAAGUUGGGUUUGGAGAUUUUUUAAAUUUAAUGAAAAUAAUACAAAAGUUAUUUGUCAAAUUGGAGAGUGUGGAAAAACUCUUGCAUGGUGUGGUUCACCAAGUUCUAUGAAAACACAUUUAUCAGAUGCACACCAGAUUACUAAAGCCAUUGCAAUAAAAUAUCAAGAAGAUGAGCUAAUAAAUCCUUAA